UGUCGGCGAGCGGAGGUGAGAGGUCAGCAGGAAGUCGAUACGUGGCCGCCGCCUGUGCCCGCCGAGGAGGCGCUCGGAGCGGAGAUGGCGGCGCAGCUGAACGUAGAGCAGCAGCUCGAGGUGUCGCUCGACGGCCUCACCCUGAGCCCGGACUCGGAGGAGCGGCCCGGCGCGGAGGGUGCCCCGUUGCUGCCGUCGCCGUCCUCGCCCCCCGGGACUGGACGGGGCCCAGGCGCCGCAGGGCAGCAGCCGGAGCCCGGGGAGGCGGCGGCGGCUGAGGGUGCGGCCGAGGAGGCGCGGCGGAUGGAGCAGCACUGGGGCUUCGGCCUGGAGGAGCUGUACGGCCUGGCGCUGCGCUUCUUCAAAAUAAAAGAUGGCAAGGCUUUUCAUCCAACUUAUGAAGAAAAACUGAAGUUUGUGGCACUGCACAAGCAGGUUCUCUUGGGCCCAUAUAACCCAGACACUUGCCCUGAGGUUGGAUUCUUUGAUGUGUUGGGGAAUGAUAGGAGGAGAGAAUGGGCAGCCCUGGGGAACACGUCCAAGGAGGACGCCAUGGUAGAGUUUGUGAAGCUUCUAAAUAGGUGUUGUCCUCUCUUUUCGGCCUAUGUUGCUUCCCACAGGAUAGAGAAGGAGGAAGAAGAGAAAAGAAGAAAGGCGGAGGAGGAGCGAAGGCAGCGUGAAGAGGAAGAACGAGAGCGUCUGCAAAAGGAAGAAGAGAGACGGAAGCGAGAAGAGGAGGAAAGGCUUAGACGGGAGGAAGAGGAGAGGAGGCGAAUAGAAGAAGAAAGGCUUCGACUGGAACAGCAAAAGCAGCAGAUAAUGGCAGCUUUAAACUCGCAGACUGCCGUGCAAUUCCAGCAGUAUGCAGCCCAGCAGUAUCCAGGGAACUACGAGCAGCAGCAGAUUCUCAUCCGCCAGCUGCAGGAGCAGCACUAUCAGCAGUACAUGCAACAGUUGUAUCAAGUUCAGCUUGCACAGCAACAGGCAGCAUUACAGAAGCAACAGGAAGUAGCAGUGGCUGGGGCUUCAUUGCCUGCAUCAUCAAAAGUGAAUGCAGCUGGAGCAGGUGAUAUGAUGUCAGUUAAUGGGCAGGCCAAAACCCACACUGUCAGUUCCGAGAAAGAAACUGAGCCAGAAGUGGCAGAAGAAGCCUUGGAAAAUGGACCAAAAGAAUCUCUUCCAGUGAUUGCCGCUCCAUCCAUGUGGACAAGACCACAGAUCAAAGACUUCAAAGAGAAGAUUCGGCAGGAUGCAGAUUCUGUGAUUACAGUACGCCGAGGAGAAGUGGUCACUGUUCGAGUCCCCACUCAUGAAGAAGGAUCAUACCUCUUCUGGGAAUUUGCUACAGACAGUUAUGACAUUGGAUUUGGGGUUUAUUUUGAAUGGACAGACUCUCCAAAUGCUGCCGUCAGUGUGCAUGUCAGCGAGUCCAGUGACGACGACGAGGAGGAAGAAGAAAAUGUUACUUCUGAAGAGAAAGCUAAAAAGAAUGCCAACAAGCCUCUGCUGGAUGAGAUUGUGCCUGUGUACCGGCGGGACUGUCAUGAGGAAGUGUAUGCAGGCAGCCACCAGUAUCCAGGGAGGGGAGUCUAUCUCCUCAAGUUUGAUAACUCCUACUCUUUGUGGAGGUCCAAGUCAGUCUACUACAGAGUCUAUUAUACUAGAUAAAGCAGAUGUUACAGAGUCUGGAGUCUAAGGUUGGGCAGAAGAUGACAUUUAGUUUCUUUUGACUUUUGUGGCACAUUGGAGUCGGUGUUUACCCUCUUGAUCUUGUUGCGAUGGUUUAUGAACUCUUGCUGGGAACCAGGAUUUCCUGAGACUCUUUAGCAUUGAUGCUGUGAGGUUAAAAGCGGCUCUGAAGACUCAUCUAGGCCUUGGGUGCUGACCAACAGAGCCUCUAGUGGAUUUUGGAGGUGUGUGAGCUACGUGGUAAAUAUUCAGUCUCCAUAAUAAAUGGCCCAGCGUCGACCGGACCUGGCUGCUGGUUAGUCCUUUGCUGUCAGCUCUGCGUGUUCUCCCAGAGCCCACAGUUACAGCUCUGUUGGGAUUGCUUCUCUUGUACUCUACAUCAGCUUUGACUGAAUGAAGCUCAACAAUUUGAAACUUUAAAACUCAAGACUUCACAGAUUAUAGUAGGAAAAGAAAUGGCCUCCACUUGGUCUUACCUGAGUGACCCAGGUUGUUUUUGCUUUCUAUACAGCUGUUUAGUUAGUUAUGUUACAGAGAAUUAUUUUCUGAGAAUCUUAAACUUAGAACAUUCAAACUCAGUAGAUGAUUGACAUGGAAAGACAGAUAAACACCUCAGUAUCCUUCUACCAGGUCCCUCAGACUCUCAGGCCUUUUCUUCCAUUUGCUAUUCACACUACUGGUAACAUAACUAGUUAAUUUUGUUUUGGUACAGCUUUAUGAAACAUCUCAAAUUGAAGUUAUUUUCUGUAAAAAACAUACAGCCAGUUUUAUGAACUCAAAUUGACACCUACUGAAUUAAAAUAUGCAAAAUCACUUUAAUGCAAUUCAGCAUUUGAGGAGUACCAUUGCAUUAAUAGAAAAUCACUGCCAGGGACAGUCCAAAUUUUUUUCUAUUUAUUAUUAGGGCACAAACUUCACAAUCCCAGUUUGGAAUUACACACUAGAGAAAAUGGAAAGUUCAUAGCCUGUGCUUAAAUGUUAGAGCUUUACUCUGUGUUAUAUCUUACUGGUGGGGAAAGGUACAUCUUUGGUUUUCUUAGGAAAAGAAGUCCACAUUAUUAUUUCCAAUUUGUGAAAGUGGUUAAGCACCCAGAGAGAAGGCGGUAUAGAUAGGUAUGGCAAAGACAGUGUCUGCCUUGUGUCAUUUGUCACAAAAACCCCUUAGGUUUAAUUUUCACACCACGGAUCCGUUGGCUAGCUGCAGUGUGCACAGUUCACUACAUCCAGGCUAUUUGAGGUUUUCAUAUGCUGCAUUUGUUUGUUUUUAAUACCUGGUUUCAUAGAUAUUUAAUUCUGUUCUCUUUUGGUUGUUAAGAAACUGGAUUGUUUUCUCCUAACCAGUGCUUAAUCUGUGUUUUUGAAUUUUGAUUUGAAGUAGUCGAAUGUCUAUGCUGUUACAUCCAGAAUAUUCAUUAGGCUGCCCCACAGCUCUUAUGUAUAUAUAGAAACCACAGAGUUAGGAUUUUUUUAAUGAAAAAGUACUGUAUUUAAAAUGUAAAAUAAACUUUUAAAAAGCAGGCACUAAUAUAUAUUUCUUUCAGCCUUUGAUUACAAUUUUGUCCUUGCACAUGUUAAGAUAAAUUAUCUUCUAAAAAUAUUGUUCUUGGGAGCAGUGUAUAUCACUUUACAUAGCAGUGUCUGUCACAUGUUCAUAUCCGAACAGUUUGGUUCUAAACUUUUUUAUCGCCUUUGGCCGUUGAUUAGUACCGUAUAAGUGCGAUUUCAAAAGAUCUUGAAAGUAAUAUAUUUAAUCAAUUAAAAUGUUUAUCUGUAA